CACCAUCGUGAAGAGUGGACUCCAUUCCGUGGCGCCCGAUGCCUUCCGUUUCACUCCUCGGCUCAGUCGCCUGAAUCUCUCCUUCAACGCUUUGGAGUCUCUCUCCUGGAAAACCGUCCAGGGCCUCCCCCUGCAGGAGCUGGUCCUGUCGGGGAACCCUCUGCGCUGCACGUGUGCCCUGCGCUGGCUGCUGCGCUGGGAGGAGGCGGGGCUGGGCGGCGUGCGCGGCCAGAAGCUGCAGUGUCCCGGGCAGGGGCCCCUGGCCUUCUUGUCCAACGCUAGCUGCGGCGUGCCUGUGCUGAAGGUCCAGAUGCCCAACACCUCCGUGGACGUGGGCGACGACGUGUCGCUGCAGUGCCUGGUGGAGGGGCGGGGCCUGGAGGGGGCCGGCUGGAUCCUCACGGAGCUGGAGGACUUGGCCACAGUGACGCAAUCUGGGGGUCUGCCAUCCCUGGGGCUGACCCUGGCCAAUGUCACCAGUGACCUCAAUAAGAAGAAUGUGACAUGCUGGGCGGAGAAUGACAUGGGCCGGGCCGAAGUCUCCGUGCAGGUCAACGUCUCCUUCCCGGCCAGCGUGCAGCUGCACAAGCCAGUGGAACUACACCACUGGUGCAUCCCCUUCUCGGUGGACGGGCAGCCGGCGCCCUCUCUGCGCUGGCUCUUCAACGGCUCCGUGCUCAACGAGACCAGCUUCAUCUUCACCGAGUUCCUGGAGCCCGCGGCCAACGAGACCGUGCGGCACGGCUGCCUGCGCCUCAACCAGCCCACCCACGUCAACAACGGCAACUACACGCUGCUGGCCGCCAACCUCUUGGGCCAGGCCUCCGCCUUUGUCAUGGCCGCCUUCAUGGACAACCCUUUCGAGUUCAACCCCGAGGACCCCAUCCCGGUCUCCUUCUCGCCAGUGGACACUAACAGCACUUCCGGAGACCCAGUGGAGAAGAAGGAUGAAACCCCUUUUGGGGUCUCAGUGGCCGUGGGCCUGGCUGUCUUUGCCUGCCUCUUCCUUUCCACGUUCUUCCUUGUGCUCAACAAAUGUGGACGGAGGAACAAGUUUGGGAUCAACCGGGCAGCUGUGCUGGCUCCAGAGGACGGACUGGCCAUGUCCCUGCAUUUCAUGACAUUAGGUGGCAGCUCCUUGUCCCCCACUGAGGGCAAAGGCUCUGGGCUCCAAGGCCACAUCAUCGAGAACCCACAAUACUUCAGUGAUGCCUGUGUUCAUCACAUCAAGCGCCAGGACAUCGUGCUCAAAUGGGAGUUGGGCGAAGGCGCCUUUGGGAAGGUCUUCCUUGCGGAGUGCCACAACCUGUUGUCUGAGCAGGACAAGAUGCUCGUGGCCGUUAAGGCGCUGAAGGAGGUGUCGGAGAGCGCCAGGCAGGACUUCCAGCGAGAGGCCCAGCUGCUCACCAUGCUGCAGCAUCAGCAUAUCGUGCGCUUCUUUGGGGUCUGCACCGAGGGCCGUCCGCUGCUCAUGGUCUUUGAGUACAUGCGCCAUGGGGACCUUAACCGCUUCCUCCGGUCCCACGGGCCUGACGCCAAGUUGCUGGCUGGCGGGGAGGACGUGGCUCCCGGGCCCCUGGGCCUGGGGCAGCUUCUGGCCGUGGCCAGCCAGGUCGCAGCGGGGAUGGUGUACCUGGCUGGUCUGCACUUCGUGCAUCGGGACCUGGCCACGCGCAACUGCCUGGUGGGCCAAGGCCUAGUGGUCAAGAUCGGCGACUUCGGCAUGAGCAGGGACAUCUACAGCACGGACUAUUACCGCGUGGGGGGCCGCACCAUGCUGCCCAUCCGCUGGAUGCCGCCCGAGAGCAUCCUCUACCGCAAGUUCACCACCGAGAGCGACGUGUGGAGCUUCGGCGUGGUGCUCUGGGAGAUCUUCACCUACGGCAAGCAGCCCUGGUACCAGCUCUCCAACACGGAGGCGAUUGAGUGCAUCACGCAGGGGCGGGAGCUGGAGCGGCCCCGGGCCUGCCCACCGGAGGUCUACGCCAUCAUGCGGGGCUGCUGGCAGCGGGAGCCCCAGCAACGCCACAGCAUCAAGGACGUGCAUGCCCGGCUGCAGGCCUUGGCCCAGGCGCCUCCCGUCUACUUGGAUGUCCUGGGCUAG